CCCAGGAGUCCUCUGAGCUGUUCCUUCUUGACCGACACACACAGCUCACUCCUUCACUUCCUUUACCAUCCACUGCCAGACCCAAGCCGGCCUUCCAGAGAGCAGCUAUGCCUUACCUCUACUGGGCCCCAGGGCCCCAGGCACACCCGGUUCCCAAGGACGCCCGGACCACCCACUCCUCAGGCCAGAGCUUUGAGCAACUGAAGCAGGAGUGCCUGCAGAGAGGCACCCUUUUUGAGGAUGCAGACUUCCCGGCCAGCAGUUCCUCCCUGUUCUACAGCGAGAGGCCGCAGGUCCCCUUUGUGUGGAAACGACCAGGGGAAAUCGUGAAAAACCCGGAAUUCAUUCUUGGAGGAGCCACCAGGACUGAUAUCUGCCAGGGAGAGCUUGGAGACUGCUGGCUAUUAGCCGCCGUUGCCUCCCUUACGCUUAAUCAAAAAGCGCUGGCCAGAGUCAUCCCCCAGGACCAAAGCUUUGGCCCUGGUUAUGCCGGGAUAUUCCAUUUCCAGUUCUGGCAGCACAGUGAGUGGCUGGAUGUGGUGAUCGAUGACCGCCUGCCCACCUUCAGGGACCGCUUGGUUUUCCUCCACUCUGCUGACCACAAUGAGUUCUGGAGCGCCUUGCUGGAAAAAGCCUAUGCCAAGCUAAAUGGGAGCUAUGAAGCUCUGAAGGGAGGCAGCGCCAUCGAGGCCAUGGAAGACUUCACCGGGGGUGUGGCAGAGACCUUCCAAAUGAAAGAGGCCCCCGAGAACUUCUAUGAGAUUCUAGAGAAGGCUUUGAAGAGAGGCUCCCUGCUGGGCUGCUUCAUUGAUACAGGAAGUGCUGCGGAAUCUGAGGCCCGGACACCGUUUGGUCUUAUUAAGGGUCACGCCUACAGUGUAACGGGAAUUGACCAGGUAAACUUCCGAGGCCAGAGAAUUGAGCUCGUCCGAGUCCGGAACCCUUGGGGCCAGGUUGAGUGGAACGGGUCAUGGAGCGACAGUUCUCCGGAGUGGCGUUCUGUUGGUGCAGCUGAGCAGAAGCGUCUGUGUCACACUGCUCUGGAUGAUGGCGAAUUCUGGAUGGCAUUUAAGGACUUCAAGGCUCACUUUGACAAAGUGGAGAUCUGUAACCUCACUCCCGAUGCCCUGGAGGAAGAUGCGGUCCAUAAAUGGGAGGUGACAGUCCAUCAGGGAAGUUGGGUUCGCGGCUCCACGGCUGGGGGCUGCCGCAAUUUCCUGGAUACCUUUUGGACCAAUCCACAAAUAAAAUUGUCUCUGACUGAGAAAGAUGAGGGGCAGGAGGAGUGUAGUUUCCUUGUAGCCCUGAUGCAGAAAGAUAGAAGGAAACUCAAGAGAUUUGGUGCCAAUGUGCUGACAAUCGGCUAUGCCAUUUACGAGUGCCCUGACAAAGACGAACACCUGAACAAAGACUUCUUCAGAUACCACGCUUCUCGGGCCAGAAGCAAGACGUUCAUCAACCUGAGAGAAGUCUCUGACCGGUUCAAGCUACCCCCUGGGGAGUACAUCCUGAUUCCCAGCACUUUUGAGCCCCACCAGGAAGCUGAUUUCUGUCUGAGAAUCUUUUCAGAGAAAAAAGCCAUUACCCGGGAUAUGGAUGGAAAUGUAGACAUUGACCUUCCUGAGCCCCCAAAGCCAACUCCUCCUGACCAGGAGACAGAGGAGGAGCAGCGGUUCCGAGCUCUGUUUGAACAAGUCGCUGGUGAGGACAUGGAGGUGACAGCAGAGGAACUUGAGUAUGUUUUAAAUGCUGUGCUGCAAAAGAAAAAGGACAUCAAAUUCAAGAAGCUAAGCCUGAUCUCCUGUAAAAACAUCAUUUCCCUGAUGGACACCAGCGGCAAUGGGAAGCUGGAGUUUGAUGAAUUCAAAGUGUUCUGGGACAAGCUGAAGCAGUGGAUUAACCUUUUCCUUUGGUUUGAUGCUGACAAGUCCGGCACCAUGUCUACCUAUGAACUGAGGACUGCACUGAAAGCUACAGGCUUUCAGCUGAGCAGCCGCCUCCUACAGCUGAUCGUGCUCAGGUAUGCGGAUGAGGAGCUCCAGAUAGACUUCGAUGACUUCCUCAACUGCCUGGUCCGGCUGGAGAAUGCGAGCCGGGUGUUCCAGGCUCUCAGUACGAAGAACAAGGAGUUCAUUCAUCUCACUAUAAAUGAGUUCAUGUACCUUUAUCUCCGGAAAAGCCGGGGGACCACACGCUUCAAGUCACUUGCCUCUGGAGAUUUAAGCAUUUCUUUUUCUAGCUCCACAUCCUGGUGGCUGACCUUGGUGGCCUGGUCUGAGUCUUCCCCCGAAAAGCAAAUGGGCCCUGAGGCUUGGGCAGCCACCACCCCUGAUAUGGUGCCAAAGUUGGACCAGAUCCUGCUCAGUAACGGGGUGCUGGAGACGUUGAUCCAGCCUGCAUCCAUCCUCGGAGACGCCCAGAGCCUCUGGACAGCGAGCCAAAGGAAACGGUUGUAA